AUGAACCAUCUCAGCAGUCUCUACGAACAGCUCCGGCCGCCAACGAGCCUCCCAGGCCCAGGCUACUUCGCCGACCAAGCAAAACAAGUCGUCUUCUCCAUGAAGGGCGCCGUCUCCCUCCUCUGCGCCGCCGCCUCUCUGCCAUUAUGCAGUCUCCCAUCAACAACACAACACCAUGAGUCCAACGGACAACACCCCUCCGAACUCCCCUACUACGGCCUCAGCCCGCCCAUCUACCCCACCCCGGUCGCCAACGGCACCUCCUCCUCGCGCUGGUCAUCCGCCUACCAGCACGCCCUCUCGCUCACCUCGCAAAUGACUCCCUUCGAACUGCAAAACCUCACCCGUGGCUACCCGGGUCCAUGCGUAGGUAACACCGGCGCCAUCCCCCGCCUCUCCAUCCCACCACUCUGCUUCUACGACGGCCCCACCGGCGUCCGCGGCCAGGAACUCGCCUCCGCUUUUCCCGCGGGCAUCCACCUCGCCGCGACGUGGGAUUCCGACCUCAUGUACCGCUACGGCCGGGCCGUGGGGGCUGAGUACCGCGGAAAGGGUGUGAACAUCGCCCUGGGACCGCUGGCGGGGCCGUUGGGCCGGGUGGCAAAGGGAGGAAGGAAUUGGGAAGGGUUGGGGAGUGAUCCGUACCUGGCUGGCGUCGGGAUGGGGAAGAUUGUGGAGGGUGUGCAAGGGGAGGGGGUGAUUGCUACCGCGAAGCAUUUUUUGUUGAAUGAACAGGAGUAUCGAAGAAGAUGGGGUCAGGAUGCCCCCGGGGGAGAAGGACAUGCGAUUAGUGCCAAUGUUGGGGAUAGGACGCUAAGGGAGGCGUAUGUCUGGCCGUUUAUGGACGCCUUGAAAGCCGGCGCGGGCGCGGUCAUGUGCGGAUAUAAUCGGGCGAAUCACAGCUAUGCGUGCCAGAAUUCCAAGUUGCUGAAUGGAGUGCUCAAGACGGAGUUGGGGUUCGAAGGGUUUGUGGUGAGCGAUUGGGACGGGCAGAUGAGCGGUGUCGCGUCGGCGAAUUCGGGCUUAGACGUGGUGAUGCCGCGGGAUGGGCUCUGGGGCGAGAAGCUGAUGGAAGCCGUAAAGAACGGAUCGGUGGCCGAGGAGCGGUUGAACGACAUGGCGACCCGCGUGCUGGCGGCGUGGCUAUACGCAGGCCAGGACGACGGCACCUACCCACCCGUUGGUGUCGCUCCAGGCGGUCAGCUACCCGACCCGGUUGACGUACAGGAGGACCACGCGGACCUUAUCCGCGAAAUCGGCGCGGCGGGAACAGUUCUGGUGAAGAACGUCAACGGCACGCUCCCCCUCACCAAACCCAAGUUCCUUGCUGUCUACGGCUACGACGCCAUCGUCAAGUCCACGCCCUGGGAGAACCCCGACCGCUACGGCGGCGGCUACGACGUCAACCGCGGCUGGACCACCUUCAACGGCACCUUGAUCACCGGCGGCGGCUCCGGCAGCUCCACGCCUCCCUACGUCGUCUCCCCCUUCGAAGCCUUGUCCCACCGCGUCCGCGCAGACCGCGGCAUGCUCCGCUGGGACUUCCACUCCGCCAACCCUUCCCAACAAUACCUCAACGCCGACGCCUGCCUCGUCUUCAUCAACGCCUACGCCUCCGAGAUGUCCGACCGUCCUGCCCUCUCCGACGCCUUCAGCGACGACCUCGUCGCCAACAUCGCCUCCUGGUGCUCCCAAACCAUCGUCGUCGUCCACUCCGCCGGCAUCCGCCUCGUAGACCCAUGGAUCUCCCACCCCAACGUCACCGCCGUGUUGAUGGCCGGUUUACCGGGUCAAGAAUCCGGCAACAGCUUGGUGGACAUCUUAUACGGUGACGUCAACCCGUCCGGCCGUCUUCCUUACACCAUCGCCAAGCGGGAAUCUGAUUACGGGACUUUACUCAAUCCUUCCACCGGCCAACCUGAUGGCGACGAGUUCUUCCCAGAGGACAACUUCCCCGAAGGUCUCCAUAUUGACUACCGCUAUUUCGACCGGCACCCAGGCAUCACUCCCAGAUUCGAAUUCGGCUUCGGACUCUCUUACACCACCUUCUCUUAUUCAGACCUAGAAAUCUACGUCUCUUCUAAUAUCGCCCCCGGCGGAGGCGUGGAAGAGACGAUGAUGCCCUCCUCCUCCUUCGCCGCUACAACCCGAUUCCGAUUCCCCGAACUCCCUGACCCUGACACCCCCAUCAAGCAGGGCGGACAUCCGGACUUGUGGGAGACGUUACUCGUGGUGAGGUGUAGCGUUGAAAAUACCGGGGACAAGUAUGAGGGAAGUGAGGUUGCGCAGUUGUAUGUUGGUAUCCCUCCUUCCGACGAAGAGGAGGAGGAUGAAAAGGAGACGCCGGUUCGGCAGUUGCGCGGGUUUAAGCGCGUGGGACCGCUGGCGCCGGGGGAGGAAGGGGGGGCCGAGUUUGCGUUGACGAGGAGGGAUUUGAGCGUUUGGGAUGUGGAGGUGCAGCAGUGGCGGUUGAGGAGGGGGGAGUAUAAGGUUUGGGUUGGGGCUAGUAGUAGGGAUUUGAGGUUGAGUGGGACGUUUGAGAUCUAA